CAGUGUGUGUUUUAAACCCACGCCCAGUGACAGACACUUACUGCCUUCACUGAGAGGAGAAGGUGAGGCGAUACAGGGCGUCCGGACACUGGCGAGGAGAAGCUCAUUUGCCCCUUGCCGCCUUUACAUUAAAUUGACAGAGGACUUCGACAAUCCCAGGCGUUUGUGGCCAGUCGCCAAGAACUCGGCCAGGCAUGAGCUACAGGUCGCAAGAUCGAGGAAGCACGCUCCCAUAUGGCGAUCGGCUUUUGAAACCGACCGGCCGGUCGAUCUACGAGCAGAGGAAGAAAUACGCCAACACAAACUUCAUCAUGGAGGAUCGCUCUCAAUACCACGUCAAUCAUCUGGCCACCUUCCCCCUGGGACCUGGGGAGGAGACCCAGACGGUGGAUGAGUCUAUCAAGAAGCUGAAGUCCAUGGAUAGCAAGGGCCGGAUCUGGACUCAGGACAUGUUGCUGCAGGUCCACCCCCAGGCCGUCAGCCUGGUGGACAUCGAGUCCAAGGAAGAGCUGGAGAACUACCCGCUGUCGGCGAUCGAGAGUUGCGAGUCGCUGUUGAACAACUGGAGGUACAACUCCAUCCUCAUCCUUGUGUGCAAGGAAGGCCACCAGGUCAAGCCGGACAUCCACUUCUUCCAGUGUUCCGAGGUGGGGGCUGACCUGAUCAGGUCCGACAUUAACAGCGCCAUCACGGACAUGAGAAGUGGGAAAGCUGAGAGACCUAACGCGCUCAGGUUGAAUCAGGAGAGGAUGAAUGAACAGAACUCCCCUUCCCCCCCCUUGCCACUCACCCCUUCCCCAAAGAUGGCUCCCAAAGCCCCAAUCACCUACAACCCCUUGAUCAGGAGUCAAGGCUCAUCGCCUCUCCCACCAUCUCCGACAACUUCAUCCGACCUCACAGAUUGGAACGGCGCGGACAGGAACCUGGUGGACACGGUGGAACACAGGAUGUCACGAGACGUGGCGAUCCUGAACCACACGUUCGACGAUAUCGAGAGCUUCAUGGCUCGGCUCCAGAAAAGUGCUGAGGCCUUCAAGAUUCUGGAUCAGAGGAAGAAGGGCAGAAUGGGCAGGAAGAAAACCGUGAAGGAAAGCGGAGAGGGCAUGUUGACACUGAGAGCAAGACCGCCCUCUCAGGAAGAGUUUGUCGAAGUCUUUCAGAAGUACAAGUACUCCUUCAGUUUGCUGGCUCGUGUGAAAACCAACAUUGUCAACCCCAAUGCCACGGAGCUCGUCCACUUCCUCUUCGGACCCCUUGAUGUGAUGGUGCAGACGGCUGGUCUGGACGUGGCCAGUUCAGUGUCCAGCCCGUUCCUCACCAAUGACGCUGUCCACCUCUUGACCGACACCCUCAACGAGACGGAGGACACACUGUGGCAGUCGCUGGGUGACCACUGGACCAAACCCAGGUUGGAGUGGCCCCCUGACCAGUGGGGUGCCCCCUACACCGCAUCCUUCCGCUCUGGGUGGGUGCCCGACCGGCUGGACCCUAACAACACCCCCUGGGAUGACCCCGUCGAACUCCAGCACAAGCACGAGUUCCUCCGCAUGCAGCAAUCUGGCCCUCAGACGGUCCCCAUCAAGCUGACCAAUGGGAACCACGAGACUGGAAAGAAGAUGAGAUGCAGCUAUGAUUUUGUGGCACGGAAUAGCAGCGAGCUCUCUGUGCUCACUGGGGAAGUGGUGGAGGUUCUGGACGACACCAAGCGCUGGUGGAAGGUGGGGAACCAGAGCGGGCAGGUGGGCUACAUUCCCUUCAACAUCCUGGAGCCCCUGCACGCACCUGAAACACUGGAUGACAAUGCCCUGUACUCACAGGUGACCCCCAAGGAGUUACGGAAGAAGGCCAAGGGAACUCCCCCACCCACGCCACAGAAGAAGGCCGUCAGCAUGGCCCCACCCUGGGAUGCCGAGGCCCUGGGGGUGACACAGGUGGAGAAAGAACGUAACUCCCAAAUCAACGUCAUGAAUGAAGAGCUGCUGCUGAGAAUCGCUAAUGGUCGCACCAGCCAAGCCAAGUCCUUCCACGUACACAAGACCCUGGACACCUCAGUCCCCCUGGACUACAACUCCUCUCCAAGUGACGUCGGCACCUGGCUGGAAGCCAAAGGCUUUAACCAAAUGACGGUGAACUCACUUGGGAUCCUGACUGGAGCUCAGCUCUUCUCACUGGAGAAGGAGGAGUUGAGAUCAGUGAGUCCAGAAGAAGGAGCAAGGGUCUACAGCCAGGUGAUGGUCCACAAGGCAUGGCUCGAGGAAAAUCGGAGUAUAACGGAGUUGGAAGCCAUCAUGCAGAAACAGAAGAAGAAGGUGGACUCGGAUAUAAAAAUGUCCACAUUGUGAGGAGAAGGGAGGAGAGUCUACACUCCCUCCCGACACCAAGAUCCGGCGUACAGAUGUGCUAUGUUAGUACUGUAGGCCCCUCUGUAUCACCCAGAGACUUUGUACAUAGGAUAUUGUAUAUAGGACGAAUCUCAGUCCCAUAUUUAUCGUCUUUGAUCAGCAGAAGCCACGUUGGGGGGAGGGGGGGUGUGGGAUUUCUGAGCGACUUCUUAUCGCGAUGGCCGCCUUCUCCGCUGUCCAACGGCAGAGUUGACCACUGGCGGGCGCUGGGCAGAUGGAGCUGGUCAGCAGUUUGUCAGAACAAGGAGGAAGGAGAUGAUACUUUUUGGCCACAAACGUUCCUUUCACGACGAGGCCCCAUCUUCCAUAUCCGACAACCAAGCUGGCAGAUAGAUGUCCAUAUAUACCCAUGGGCACCAUUGGCGGAUGGUGGAGAGGAGAUGACGAUGAGGAGGCAGAGGUUUGAGCAUCGAUGGGCAACCUUUCGAUGAACGGUGAAGAGCAAACCAAGAGGAUAAUUUAUAGAUCUUUGUUCUGUUUUGAUUGGGUUUGUAAAUUCUAAUUGCAAUUUUUUUUGUUUGUGUGUGUGUGUCUGUGUGUGUGUGUCUGUGUGUGUCUGUCUCUGUGUCUGUGUGUGUGUGUGUCUGUGUGUGUGUGUCUGUGUGUGUCUGUCUGUGUGUGUGUGUGUGUGUGUCUGUCUGUGUGUGUGUGUGUGUGUGUCUGUGUGUGUGUGUGUGUCUGUCUGUGUGUCUCUGUCUGUGUGUGUGUGUGUGUGUAUCUAGUAUCUGAAUGUGUAGGUUAGUGUUAAUGUGCGGGGAUCGCCAGUCGGCACGGACUCGAUGGGCAGAAGGGCCUGUUUUCCGCCCUGUAUCCAAACUACACUAAGCUAACAAAUAGCAAACCCAGUGUUUGUGUGGGUCUCCGAUGAUCCCUGGUGUGAACCAUCAAAGUAUUUUCAACGCCAGGUGAGGGACCUACCUGCAGGGUUGUGGGAGGUGAGGGUUUGGCAAGACUAACAACAUCUGCCGCCGAUUCUGAGACCGUUUCUCCCCAGCUGUGAUUGGGCAACUGAGCGGCAAGGUGGCGCAGCGGUAGAGUUGCCGCCUUAUGCCCCUGUCCCACUUAGGAAACCUGAAUGGAAACCUCUGGAGACUUUGCGCCCCACCCAAGGUUUCCGAGACGGUUUUAGUCAGUCUCCCUGCCUGCUUCCACUAUCUGCAACCUCUGGCAACCACCAGGAACCGCACAUCCGUUCAGGUUUCCCGAAGUGGGACGGGGGCUUUACAGCACCUGCAGCACAAGAGACCUGGGUUCGAUCCUGGCUACGGGUGAGGAAUUGUCCUGUGAGUGUGUGAUUGUGUGUGUGAUUGUGUGUGUGAUAGUGUGUGUGUGUGUGUGUGUGUGUGUAGGAUAGUGUGUGUAGGAUAGUGUGUGUAGGAUAGUGUUAAUGUACGGGGUAAUCACUGGUCUGCGCGGACACGAUGGGCCAAAGGGCCUGUUUCCACGCUGUAUCUCUAAAAAACUAAGAUAGUUGUUGGUUUAUCCAGGUGCUGCUAUUCAUGUUCCCACUUUAGAAUGAGUUAAAUGAUCCUGGUUGCUAUGGUGUCUUUGUGUAAUGUCAGUAAGCAUUCAAAUAUGGUCAGCCAUGAUCAUAUUGAAUUGCGGUGCUGGCUCGAAGGGCCGAAUGGCCUCUACUCCUGCACCUAUUUUUGAUGUUUCUAUGAAAGUCUGCUGCCUUCCAUUCCACGUUAUUCAACCAUAGAUAGACACAAAGUGCUGGAGUAACUCAGCGGGACGGAGAGAAGGAAUAGGUGACCCUCCUUCAGACUGAGAACUGGGAAGGGGAGGGAUAGCGAGAGAGAGGGAAACUAAGGGUUGCUCCAGGCAGCCACGGUGGUGCAGCAGGUAGAGCUGCUGCCUCACAGCGCCAGAGACCCGGGUUCGAUCCCGACUACUGGUGCUGUCUGUACGGAGUUUGUACAUUCUCCCUGUGACCGAAAUCCCCAAAUCUUCGGUUUCCUCCCACACUCCAAAGACGUGCAGGUUUGUAGGUUAAUUGGCUUGGUGUGUGUGUGUAAAUAGUCCCCAGUGUGUGUAGGAUAGUGUUAGUGUGCGGGGAUCGCUGGUCAGCGUAGACUCGAUGGGCUGAAGGGCCUGUUUCUGCCCUGUAUCUCUAAAACUAAACUAAACUCUAUGUGGCAUAGUGUCAGAGGAACUGCAGAAUUCGGGUUAGUGAAGAUGGCUACAAAUACUCCAGCAUUCUGUGUCUAUCCACCAGGCAGUGGGCUGGUCAUUUAGUUACUCUCUGCUUGCAAAUAAACAAUAAUGUGGUUAUGUAUAUAAUUUGUGUAGUUGUAUCAAAUGGAAUGUACAUAUUUAUUCUCCGGGCUGCCAGGCUUCUGUGUGCUUCACAGGGGCUUUUAUGAGCGUUGAAGGAGGCCAUUCUGGGUGGUCUAGACUAGCCCACUCCGUGUAGGCCUGCACACAGCAGCUAUGACAAAAAUCAAUAAAGAAAAUAUCCUGAGGAAGGAAAA